AUGGCCAUCAGGCUGCUUCGACAUGGUUCGCGACAGCCGGCAAACUGUGAGGAGAUCGGGAAUGCAGGAGGGAUACAAGCUGUAGUGAACGGAAUGACAAAGCAUGAGAGUCAGGUUCAAAUCCAAGAAAUAGGGUGCUGUGCAUUGUGGAGCCUGUCUUGUAACAAUACCAAGAACAACAAGAGGCUGAGAGAGGCUGGUGGGAUCGAAGCUUCGGUGAAAGCGAUGGCAAAUAAUGGUGAACACCUGGGAAUUCAGUUACAAGGGUUGCAACUACUCAGCAGCAUUUCAUACAACAACAAGCAAAACAGCAAGAAGGUUGGGGAAGUGGGAGGGAUUGUGGUAAUUGUGAAAGGAAUGAUCAAGCACCAAGAUCAUGCAGGGGUGCAAGAAUCCGGUUGCUGCGUACUGGGCCACCUGUUGGAACACGAACCGAACAGCAACAAGAUCCGGGAGGCAGGAGGAAUAGAAGCCAUGGUAAAAGGCAUGAGCAAGCAUGAGGGAAAUCGUGACGUGCAGUAUGAAGGAUGCUGUACAUUACGGGACUUGUCAGGAAGAGAUCUCCAAACAAAGCAGAAGAUAAGAGCGGCUGGGGGGAUCGAGGCGUUCGUCAAGAGUAUGACGAAGCACUCCAAUGAUCAUGAUAUACAGGAAGAGUGUUUCUGGGCAUUGCGCAAUCUUUUGGAAGACGAUGAUGAAUGCAAGAAGAAGAUGAGGGACAAGAGGAUCAGAGAGGCAGGAGGCAUCGAGGCGAUUGUGAAGGCCAUGUGCAAGCACUUGGAUGAGUCUGAUGUACAGGAGCAGGCAGCGCAUGCCCUCGGUAACCUUGCUUUUGACAACGACAACAAAGAGAAGAUCAGGACGGCAGGAGGGAUCGAAGCAGUGGUAAGAGGGAUGAGGAGGCACGGAAAGGAUGAAGAUGUACAGAAGGAAGGAUUCUGGGCAUUGAGGAACCUGUCGUACAACAACGAGGAGAACAAGAAAAGGAUCAAGACAGCAGGAGCAGUGAAGGCGGUGGAACAAGCCAUGAAAGAGCAUGAGGACCUGAAGAGGAAGGGUGAGAAGAUCCUCGACAUUCUC